CGAGUGCAGUAGUGACGAACGGGAUGGUAUGCAUGAUGACUUGGAACGAAUCGCGUGCCAAACGCGUCCGUUCGCGUUGCUCCAUAUCUGCUUUUGCAGCUGGGCGCACAGGCAGCCACGGCGACAAGUUCAUGUUAGACGCGAAAGUCGCAGUUAUGCCUGGUUUCGUUUGUUGCCGAUAUUUUUCUUGAUCCAAGGCCUUUCCUCCCCAUCGGGGAACCGUGCAGCUUGUUCCACCCAGACCCAAAGCUGCCGGGGUCCUUCGCCCAACACACCCCACCAACAGUCUUGGAACUCACGACCUUCCCUGUCCAUUCCCCAAGCGCACCACGCCAUGCCGCCGAAGCAAUCGGCACCAAAACCUCGAGGCCGGCCGCCGUCCAAGCCGAGCGGCGGAGCCGGUUCCUCGGGGCCACGACGGUCCGCCGGGGCGGGCAGCAAGGCGGCGGGGUCCGGGAGACCAAAGAAACCGACCUCGGCGCCGGUACCUGCCGAUUCCGACGACGAGGUGCCGGACGCGCCCGAUGCAGAUGAGGAGGAGGAGGCAGAGGAGGCAGAGGAGGAGGAGCAAGACGAGGACGCAGAAGAGAGGGGCAGGCCCAGGCCGCGGGCGCGACAAGGCGCGGCGGCCGGCGCCGGUGGCGGUGGCAGCAGCAGGGCUGGGGGCGGCAGCAAGGGCAAAGGAAAGGCGGCGGCGGCAACGGUGGUGCUGGACGACGACGAGUUCGACGACCCCUUUGCCGACGACGACUUUGACGGCGUUGACAACGACAAUAACAACAACAACAACAACGGCGAGGGGGGCGAGGCAAAGGAGCAGCCCAGACGGAUCCCGCCCGAGCUGCUGCGGCGGCUGCUGCACGAGUUCUUCGACAAGGGCGGCACGCGCAUAUCGAGCGAGGCCAACGGGGCGCUGGCGCGCUACUUUGACGUGUUUGUACAGGAGGCUAUCGCGCGCACCAUGGCGGAGCGGUCGGGGCGGUUCCUCGGGGUCGAGGAUCUCGAAAAGGUUGCGCCGCAGCUUCUGCUUGAUCUCUAAGGGCGCCCAAAGGCAACCGAAGGUGGUUUUGGUUUACAGCAUCGAGCAGACUAUCCACCCUUUUUGCAAGAAACACACUCGGAUACGGCGACAAACACUGGGAACAUGCGCGCUUGGCGAUUCGCAGGCAAUACAUUCAUGUUGGAGAGAUGUCCAACUUGUCUUCUCCUUGCUCUCUAACGCUCGAAGUUUGUAGAGCUUGAUUCCAGCCACUCGAGCAGGCAUAACGGCAAUAGGUAUGAAUGUUGCGUAGGCCAUCUUCCCUCACAGGGCUCUGUAAAUGGAACUCGGGCUUGGAGCUGGGGCCCCGCAACAGGUGUGUGGAGCCGAACCAGGGCCUGCUUGACCUCCCCGGAAUCUCUGACCCCGUGAGAUCUGGCAAAUACAGAACGCCUGGUGCGCACUGUUUCUUGAG